CCGACGACUAAUACGACACCCCUGCCAAGGCUCACUCUGGGCGCUUUGCCAUGGCGCACAGCCGCCAUGCAAGCACAUCGGCAUCGCCUGGCGAGCGACAAGAGCAGAUAGCAUACGAUCGACCCCGACUCCGACAUCUGACAACGGUCCUCGUGCGGAACUUGCGCGGGGCACCGGCCAAGGACAGUCUGCAGGAUCUCCUUGUUCUCACGCCGCAUCGGCCCGUGGCGAGGAGACGGACGUCGACGGCGAGCUUUAGCUCCAUCAGUACCAAUGCCACGCUCCGGCGCACACCCAGCAGCAAGAGCGUCAGGCGCGCAAGAAGCACGGGUGGGCGAGCACGCGCGAGCUCCGUUUCUUCGAAGAGGACGCUGGGGGCGGAGGACGAGGAGAUAGAGGGCAAUGAUGAUGUGGCGAGCCGGGUCAAGGAGGAGGGCGAUGAUGGUGAAGGGCAGGAGGAAUACAAGGAGGAAGCAUCGACGCCAAACUUGUGGACUGCCACCUGGGAUGCGCCCCGGCUCAGGAGGCUGCUCGAGCAGAGGGAGUCGCAAUGUUUCGUUUCGCUCUCUCCGGCUAGUGGAGCAGGCGAGAGGAUAUUUGCGACAUCGGCGAGCACCGACGCUGGCCUGCACCAUGCCUGGGGAAGGGCGCCAUCGAGCUGCCAGGCGCCCUUCGGGAUCGUUCCCGCCCUCGACUUCUGCUCAAGCGUAGAGCAGGAUGAGGUCGGAUCGUUGGACGAAGUCAUGGUGACGUUGUGGGCCAAGGCAGCUGAUAAGACGGCAGCUGGAGAGAAGGGCAAGGGACGGGAUGCGCCAGCGUACGUGAGCGAGGGACAGGAGGCUGCACAGGGCUGGACGAAGGUGUGGCAGCGACGCGUUAAGCUGUCGAGCCUCAAAAGCAUCCAGGCCGACCAGCUUGCUUCUCCCUCACUGCAGCUGCCCGACAAUGUCGUCCUCCUCGGCCUCGAGUCGCCCCUGGCGCAGGUCCUGGCCGAUCGCACCUCCGACGAUCAGCAGGCUGUCAAGGCUCCAGAGACAGAGGCCGCCGCUGUUGCUGUCGCAAAGCAGCAGCCACAAAGAAGAGUCACCGAUACCCAGAUAUGCUACUACAUUGUCGAUUCUCCGACCCCGCUUGCCCCGGUAGACGGAGGCCACGGCCAAGAGGACCCUGAGAGAACAGAAGCAGACAUCAAGACUGCAAAGGCCGAGAUUAGGCAGAAGCUCAAGGUAGGCGCCCUGGUCCGGGGUUACGAGGUCGAAGACGUGCUGCAGCUCCUCCAGCUCCAGCGCGAAGUGACUCUCGUGCUGACGCAGCUCGACGAGGCGAGGAAGAGGUCCGACCAGCGGCUGCUCGCCAAUGACGGACCGCUGCAGAUGCAGCUGAGGAGGGACGAGGACGAGGAACACGUAAAAAUGCUCAAGUCAGACCGGGACAACGAGCAGGAGGCUGCCAAGGAGGCUCGCCGGCUCCUGGCCCAGCGCAGAGAAGCGCUCAAUAGACGGCGGGCACGGCUCGAGACGGCCCGGCGGGUGCAGGCAACGCAACGACGGGCAUUUGAAGAGAGUCAGUCCCACCUGACCACGCUGGAAAAAGAGCUCGAUGACGUUGGCGACCAAACUCAUUUUCGUCGCGGGACGCUGCUCCGCCACCUCGAAUUGAUCUACCCCAUCGACCUCGUCGAUGGCUCCUUGCUUCUCUUCAGCAUCGUCGCUAUACCCCUCCCGAAUCGAACGCCGGACGAGGAAGAGCGAGUCUCGAAAUCCAAAAGCGCCGCUUCCCUCGUCGACGAUGACUCACUCAGCAGUGCGCUGGGACUCGUCGGCCAGCUUGUGAGCCUGCUGAGCGUCUACCUUGAGACGCCGGUGCACUAUCCCAUUGCGACAGCAGGCAGCCGUGCCGUCGUCGAGGAUGGCAUCAGCGUCAUGUCGGGGCCCCGUGCAUUCCCUCUGUACCAGCGCGGCGUCGAGCAGUAUCGAUUCGAGUACGCGUGCUUCCUCGUCAACAAGGAUGUCGAGCAGAUGAUGAAUGCGCAUGGCAUCACGGUGCUCGACAUUCGGCACACGCUGCCCAACCUCAAGAACCUCCUCGUGACGCUCACGGCGUCUUCCUCUCCCUCGGCGUCCAAGAGGAAGAACAAUGAGGGAGGUAGGGGUGCGUCGCGGGGCCCCGUGGUGACGGGAAGCGGCAUCGACGGGAGGAGUUUCAUGCGCAUGUCGCACCUGGAGCGGCCACCGCGAAAGCAGGAGACGAUCUCGCUGCUGCCCUCGUCAAAUCCCGCGACGCUGGGCAAGGGGCCGCCGCCAGCGAUGGACAAGACAGCCACGACGAAUGGCGGCGUGGGGUCCGCAGUGGCCGCCAGCCAGGCAAGCCAGGCGCGAGAGUCGCACGAAAAGUCGUCGUCGACGGCGAGCUCUGGCUGGAAUCUGGGCAUGUCGCUCAUCUGGGGAUCCGGUGCUUCGUCGCGCCAGCAGCCACAUCCUCCACCCGCGUCCACGACGACGACGGGCGAUGACGGACCAGGCGCUGCGUCUGCCGCUACUGCUGCGAUCCCCACUGUCCGAUCGCUAGGCCGUUCGUAGACAAUCAUUGGUAGACAGUCAUUUUAUCUUUCUAGAUCUAUACCCUCAAUGCCAUUUCGUGAUGCCAAUUCGAUUCCCAAACUU